CGCAUACCCGCGCGUCGAUAUUCCCUCUCGACCUACAGUCCUCGUUCUCCAGAUGUCGUUCCUCGACUACGACGAGGCUCGGAUGACCGCUCUUAUGCGUCGUCGCCUGCAAGCACAGAAACUCCCUGCCGCAUUCAUCAAGACGAGAGUCGAUGCCUACGUUGACGCCGUCUCGCAACUCAUCGAGAGCGUCACGGUGGCGUACAACCUCAUGGACGAGGAAGACCCCAAUCGUGAAACCCUGGCUGCCUGCUGCCAGUCCCAAAUUGAUGCGUGGGCGGACGAGAUGACCGCCCCGCCAGACGUACCUACUCCCCCGCAAGAAUUGCAAGACCCCGAAGCCCAGCCGGUGAACCUCCUCAAAAGGGCUCGGCGACCCCUGCUCGACCGAUACUUUGACCUGAACGCAUAUCCGUCCGUGACGGACAAGAAGGCGUUGGCAGCGCACGAAGGCGCUACCUACCGGCAGAUUCACGUAUGGUUUCAGAACCGUCGGGCGAAGGCUAGAGCCAUGAACAUACCUCUGCGAAAGUGCGAUACUUCCCCCGAAAUGGCUUCCGCGCUGCUCGAACAGGCGCUUUUUGAGGACGAUGCCGAAGAACAGUCCCCUUUCAACGAGCCUCUAAAGAGCGACACCGACGAUAUGUCCUUGCCAUGGAUGCAAGACCAACCUAGCGCUGUGGCCGAAAGCCCACGUGCCCGCCUGCAAUCUGAGUUCAACACCGGCACCCCGCUUCACCAAUCCGUAUCUCGGCAUCGUCCGUCGCGCGACUCGCGCCGGUCGAAGCCGGUCGAUAUGGAUGAUCUCAUCACGGCCUUCGACGCCAUGAACGUUCGCGGGGCUGGGACCAGGACCGCCAUCGGGGCAGAAAAGGGUUAUGCAGCGCGCACGGCCAUCACAUACGUCGCCCCGAAGGCACCUCUCCCUUCCUACAUUCCCCCUCACCAACUAUCAUACGCUCCCCCUAUGAUGACCUCCGGCAAGCCUGCUCUCGCGGCCCCCACCCAGCGUAAGCUCCUGGGUCUCCCCAAGCGCAAGCCAGCGGCAAGGCGACGCUUGACAUCGAUGUCCUCCGACUCCUCCCGCUCGUCGAGCCCAAGCUCCGACCGGGUUCCGUCUCUCACCUACUCCGACAGUUCUGAUUCCUCCUCCUCGCCGUCGCCUGAGCCGCCUACUUGCUUCGAGUCGCUGCCGUCACCACCCAGCCCGACUUGGGUUGACCUACCUUCUCCCUCCUUCCCGAUCAUCGUCUCACCUCCAGGCCUCAUCGCACACGAGACACCUUCGUCGUUGACAUGGCGCGAGGAUGCUGGUGCGGAAGGAGACGAUGAGGAUGACUCCUGGGACCGUGCUGCGCAACGCGCCAUGCUCGGCCCGUCGAAGCCCAGGCGCAAGACGAGCAAGCAGAAGACUGCCCGGCCUCCUUCAAGGCCAUCGCGCUCACGCUCCGCCGUUGAAUGCGCGCGGAGCCCUGCGUCUGACCCGCGGCCAGUCCUGCCUGUCGCAUCCGACGACGUUGUCUUCAACGGCGUGACCACCGCCGUAGUACAGGACGGCAUCGAGAGGCUCCCCGGCUGGGAUGAGCUAGACCUCUCCAUCCUCGACGUCGACCCUACCACCGCUGGGGAGCUCGAUAUCCAGAUCGGGACGUGGGACAGCUCGAAUGCCACCCUGCCCGCUUCGCAGUGCGACUUCGGUCCGGUCGCUACCUUCGGUGACGCUCCUUCAGCCCCGGUGGCUGAGGUUCAGAGCGAGCCUGAGAGGGAGCAGACUGUCGACGAGUCACCUGCGAACACGGAUGUCGACAGCAGUGCCUGGGCAACGCAGCUCUCGGGAUGGAACGACAAUUCGUCGCUGAUUACCGUCGACAACCUCGGCUUCAACGCUGACUUUGCGCCCAGCGCGUUUGAUGGCUUCAUUGCGUCGAACUGGAACCUCGAGCCUGCGCAGGAGCCAAGCUCGACCCCGUCGACAUUGUUCGGCAGGCCCGGCUUCGAAGCAAGCAACGUCGCGUCGACUACGCAGUCCGCGACGGAUGUCACUGCUUCCAACCCUACCAACCCAUCCACCCUCGGCGCCACUGUGCCCGAGACUACCUUUACCUUUGGGUCAGAGUCUACACAACCGACCUUCAAGUUUGGCGCCUCCACCUCCACUGCCAGCGCUGCUGCCACCCCCACUCCUGCCCCCACCUCAUCAUCAUCUGCGCUCAAGUCCGCCGUCCCCUCGACCACCUUCACCUUUGGCAAGCCCGCCGCGACCCAGCGCUCCAAUUCAAAAGCGCCCUCAUCAUCAACAUUCACCUUCGGCGCGCAAUCGACCGCAACCCCUACCUUCGCCUUCUCAUCAACACCCUCGACUUUCCGUUCUAGUCUCCCAUCUGUUUCUUCGUCCUCUUUCUCCUGUGCUCCUUCCUCGUUUGCUUUUGGCACCGGCCUCCCGGGGCCUUUCACCUUUGGAAUUUCUGCCUGAGUACUCUAAGUUCUUGUGCGCCCGACUGCAGAGUUACCGUUUCAUUUUCAUCUCAACGACGGCCUACUUAUAUCGGCCUCGUUCUAAUCUUCGACUUCGUUCUUGCUUUCCUGCUUUCUUGCUUUGCACUUCAACUCUCAAUGUACCACCACCACCCAAGGCAUCACUUACCUUAUUGUAUAUCUAUGUUCGUGCUACGCUGUGGAUAACAAUGGAACCCUGGAACUUCUCGU